AUGGGGAACUCCAACCUUGGACUCAGCCCUCGACUCAACUACUUCUGCAUGGUCUCUUUUUUCCCUUCCCUCUUUAGGUUUCUGUCCCUUCAACCAUCUUCUGCUACCACCUCCUUCGUAAGAGGAAGAGAGGAAGAGGAGGAGGAGGAGGAGGAGGACGAGGAAUUGCUUUUGCCUGACCAGCCGUCCUCUCCGCGGCGAUUGCAGGCGAUUAUUGCAAGCAAUCGCUUCAUCACCCUGGCCUGGCACGAACCGAGGCUCAAUAACGAGCACAUUGUCGGGUAUUCCGUUUUCUAUCGCCAGGAGGGGUCACUCAGAGAACGCGUCCAGAACGUGAGCGCCAGUUCGUCCAGCGAGGGCCUGGACGAGUACAAGACGCAGAUCGGGCAGCUGAGCCCCGGGACGGAAUAUUUGGUCCGCGUCGUGGCCCACAGCUCUAAGGGCGGGCCGGGGCUGUCCAGUGGCGAGGUCCGCGUGAGCACCAAGCCCGACCUGGACCUCCCCCCCGCCCCCCAGGGCCUACGGGUCACCCCCCUCUCCCCCAGGUCACUCGAGGUCGUGUGGGAAGGUCACCGGCCUACGGGUAGCCCCUCCCCCCCUCCCCCCUCUUCCUCAGUCCUCCUAGGGGGGGGAGGAGGAGGAGGAGGAGGAGGAGAGGAGGCGAAGAAGAGGAAGAAGGUGGAAGUGGAGGAAGAGGAAGAGGAAGAGAAGAGAAGGAGGAAGAAGGAGAGGACGCCGGUGACCGGUUACGUGAUGUAUUAUAUGCAGGUCGGCUCGGCGGAAGAGCACGAGGUGGAGGUCAGUCCCUCCGCGACCCGACACGACCUGGAAGGCCUCGACGAGUUCACCGAGUACAGCGUGUGGCUCGUGGCCGUCAACGCCAACGGGGCCGGCGACGCGACGCGGGAGGUGACGGCCAGGACCUUCUCGGACGUACCCACGAGGGAGCCGCAGAACGUGACGGUGGAGGCGGCCAGCUCUAGGAGCCUCAUCCUACGCUGGGAGCCCCCCCCACCCCAGGACCAGAACGGCGUUAUCACCGGCUACAAAAUCCGCUACAAGGAACGAGGGAAGGCAGGCUCGACCAAGACGAAGACGACCGACGGCAACCGCAGGCUCUUCGCCCUCACGGAUCUGAAGAGGAGCACGCAGUAUUCUAUUAAGCUUUCUGCCCUUACGGUGAACGGCUCGGGCCCGUCGACCCACUGGAUCCCAGCCGAGACCUUUGCCAACGACCUCGACGAAAACCGCGUCCCCGAUAAGCCGACGAGCCUCAGAGCAUUGGCCAUGAAGGACCACAUCAGCGUGAAGUGGCAACCUCCGCAGCUGCAGAACGUAAUGGUGCGAGGCUACACCAUUGGCUGGGGCAAAGGGAUCCCUGACGUGUAUUCCAAGAUCGUCGACAGCAAGCAGAGGAGUUACGUCAUCGAAGGAUUAGAACCCAACGCAGAGUACGUCAUCAGCCUACGAGCGUUCAACAGCGUGGGCGACGGACAGCCAGUCUACGAGCAGGUCCGCACACGUCCUCCUGAGCCUCCUUCCGCACCCACCCUCACCCCCCCAGUGGGUCUUAAGGCCGAGGUUCUCACGCCCUUCACCGUCGCUCUGCAGUGGACCGAUACAACACUGAAUCGAAACCAGUACAUCAGCGACACGCGUUUCUACACCGUACGCUACACCACCUUCGCCUCGGCCACGUCCUCCAGCCCCAGGUUCCGUUACCGCAACGCCUCCGACGUCACCUGCCUCAUCGACAACCUCAAACCCAACACGGUGUACGAGUUCGCCGUCAAGACCAUUAAGGGCCGCCGAGAAUCCCCGUGGAGCCUCGUGACCUCCAACACGACCCUACAGGCCCGCCCCUCCUCCCCCCCGCGGGAUAUCACCGUCGUCCCCAUCCCCGGCGAGCCCCACACGAUAGUCUUCAAUUGGCAGCCCCCGAAGCAGGCCAACGGCAAGAUCACAGGCUACCUCAUCUUCUACACGACCGACGCCAACGGAGACUGGGUCAUGGAAGAGGUCAAGGGCGACCGCAUGACCUUCCGCGUGCACGGCCUGACACCGGCCACCCUCUACUAUUACAAGAUGCAGGCGCGCAACGUCAAGGGCUUCGGGCCAUUGUCCGGGGUCGGCAACUUCACGACGAUGGUGGCGGGCUUGGACCGAGCGACAGCCGUGCCCCCGAGCCCCGGCUGGUUCCUGGACCAGAGCAGCCUCAUUGUCCUGGCCGUGGCAGGGGUGGGGGGGGCGCUGACCGUCCUAGGGGCCCUGGUGGGGUUGGCCCUCUACUGCCGCCGGAACAAACCUAUGCCCAGGCACGGCAAUCUAUCGCACCGUGGGGCAGGCAAAUCCAGCACCGGCCUUGGAGGUAGCGGCUUAGGCGGCUCGGGAGGAGGCGGACAGCCCGAGCUCAAACCGCCCGACCUCUGGAUCCAUCACGAUCACCACCUGGAGAUGAAGAACCUCGAUAAAGGAGACGACAGAAGAGGAGGCGGAGGAGGGGGGAUGUCUUCGCCUGACCGGGAGACGGCGGUCGAUCUCACGGGUCCUGACUUUGACCGCGAUGAUAAAAACAAUACAUACACGUCCACAUCGACCCUCGACAGACGCACGCCAUACCAGUCCACCUAUCUGCUGGUGGGCGGCAGCACGUCGAGCAGCGUGUACAGUGAGGGCCCCCACUCCCUCCACCGUCCCGGGGGGGGAGGAGGGGGAGGAGGAGGAGGAGGCUACUCCCUGGCCCAGUUCCCCCCCCCCUCGUCCGUCGGGGUGGUGGGGGGGCUAGGAGGCCUUGGAGGGGUAGGGGGUGGGGGUCCUGCUUCCACCUCGUCGCCUGCGGAGAAUCCCUACGGCCCCAACCCUACCAGCUCGACUCUCCCCGACGGAGCGGGAAGUGGGGGCAGCUCCACCCUAGGGAAACGCUCAGGAAAUCCUCUGCGGUCCUUCAGCGUCCCUGCCCCCCCUCAGUCGGCGCCCACUACACCUCAGCCGAAGCAUAUGGUGGGCAUGCGACCCCCAGGCAGCGGCGUGACGUCCCCCUUCAAGAAACCCCCCCUCGUCCCACCCCCCUCGGGCUCGGGAGGCGGCUCGCGGUGGGGCCCGGGCACGGGAGGAGGGGGGGGAGGCCCCAUCCGCGUCGACGCCCUGCCGGAACAUGAGGAAGCCAGCGAGGCCCUGCUCCACGGCUACUCGACGGAAGAACUCUCGCAGGAAAUGGCAAAUCUUGAGGGACUGAUGAAAGAUCUCUCGGCUAUUACGGCUAAUCAGUUUAAUUGCUAGGAAGGAGGAAUAGGAAAAGAAGGAGAAUAAAAGAAGGAAGAAGAAGAAGGAGAAUAAAAGAAGAGAAAGAAGAGAGACAGACAGAGAGAGGGACCGAGGAGGAAAGGAAAAGAAGAGUGAGAAAAGAAGGAAAAGAAGAGAAAGGAGGAGGAUAAGAAAGAAAGAAUUGAGAUAGAGGAGAAGAAUAAGAAGAGAGAAAGAGAAAGGAAGAGGAUAAGAGAAGGAAAAGAAGAGAGAAAGAGAGAAAGGAGGAAAUGCAAAUCUGGAGGGACUGAUGAAAGAUCUCUCGGCUAUUACGGCUAAUCAGUUUAAUUGCUAGGAAGAAGAUGGAGGAGAAUAAAAGAAGAGAAAGAGAGAGAAAGGAGGAGAAUAAGAGAAGGAAAAGAAUAGAGUAAGAAGAAGGAAAAGAAGGGAAGGGAGGAGGAUAAGAAGAAGGAAAAGAAGAGAGAGAGAGGAGCAUAAGCUUCGAGUCCCGUGCCAACCACGACACCGAAAACCAACAAACGAUUCCCUUCUCUGGGGCUGAACGGCACUCUGAACACCCCCCUCCCCCCCUCCCCCCCUCCCCUCUCCUGCCUCAAACACUGCCACAUUGAGGCCGAACACCCCCCCCUCCCCCCCCCCUUUCAAACACUGCCACGCCGAGGCUGUGACUAUGACGAAUAUACUUUUUUUUUUUUUU